AUGCCCUCUAAUACGACACGGGUUAGCUCUACACGGGUUAGCCCUAUAAUGGUUCAGAGACGCGUCAAAGAUAGUUGUUGGGCAGACCCCAUCAAUAAACAGGGAAUUCCUUGCAGAUUACCGCAGAUUAGAAGGACACUGUCUGCAGCUUGUGCACUUGCUGGGGAGUCACGAUAUGGCAUGUGGAGCAGACGCGUUUCGCGUUUCGCGUUUCAAAACGCGUCGCGUCAGUGUUCUCGAAUGUUCUCUGGCGUAGGGUGUGUUGGGGAUAAGGACAACGAUUAUUUAUAUAAAUCAAGAAGAGAGAAAAGGAGAGGGAAGAAAGCAUAUACGGAGCGUUUUAAGUGCAUCAGGAGAAAGCUGAGGCAGCAGAGAAGAGAAGAGGGGAGUUUUUGUGAUGAGGAACGGUUAAAACUGGAUAAAACAGUGUUUGUAGGUGUUAGCAAUACCUGGGAUUGUGAGAGAAGAGUGCAUUUCCAUUUUUCAGGGGGUAUUUUAAGGUUAGGAGAGGAUAUUUCUUUGUUUUCUGUUUUUUUGGUGUCUUUGAAAGAAGAGAAUAAUUGUCUUAAAGAGUCACGUCCUUCUUUGUUUCUUUUUAAAGAGGGUGAUUUUCUUGGGGGUUGCUACACUGUUAUUAGGAUUCUUAACCGUGGUUCUUAUGGCAUUGUUUUAUUGGCUCAUGACAUGGAAAAUACUCAAGUUGCUAUUAAGGUUCUUUCUGGUCAUUCCGUUUCGGAGCAUAAAACUGAGCUUGAAAUAUUAUCAACGCUACCUUCUUCAAAACAUACUGUUUCGUAUAAAACUUAUUUUUAUGAAAAGGGUUAUUUAUUUAUUAUUCUUGAAUAUUAUCCAUGUGGAGACUUGUAUGAAGCAAUUAUAUUGGAAAGAUUAUCGAGGGAAACGGAAGCUAUUCGUUCACUUAUGCUUCAAUUGAUCGAUGGUGUGUCAUUUUUACAUAAAAAUGGGGUGUAUCACCGUGAUCUUAAGCCUGAGAAUAUUUUACUUUUUCAUGAUCCAGAGAAUGAUUCAUUAUUGCCCAGAAUUGGUGAUUUUGGUUUAGUCACUACGCAAAAGUUUGUUAAUGAUAUCGGUACUGGAAGUAAUCGGUAUAUGGCACCAGAACAAUAUGAGGUUCCCGCUUUCCAUUCUUCCGAUGUGUAUUACUAUGAUGCUUCGAAAGUAGAUAUAUGGGCUCUUGGGAUAUGUCUUUUAAAUAUUGUUUUUUCGAAAAAUCCGUUUAAAAUACCUUCCGUUAGUGAUUUGAUUUAUUCCGACUAUAUACGGGAUCCGAUUUCGCUUUUUGAUGUUUUUCCAAAUAUGAGUGAAGAUACGUUUAAAUGUCUUCAGCAUUCUUUAGUCCUUAAUCCGGAAAAACGUUCUUUAGAUGAAAUGAGAUUUGCUGUUGAAAAUGUGCUUGAGUGGACAACUGAUUCACAAUAUAUUGAAGAAAGUAUGGUUGAAAAAAAGCCGAGAGUAUUUAAUUGCGAAAAUAUUUCUAUUAUUGAGUCUAGAGAGUCUUUGCGUACGCCAAGUAUUAUGGCGUCGCCCACAUUUCAUAAUUCUUUUUUUUGGACAAGAGCUUUACAAUCGGCUCCUGCAAUUCAGGAUAAAAGCUACAGUAGUAACAGUAAAAAUGAUCAAUUUAUAAAUGAUCCUUCAUUUUUGUUUCAUGAAGCUGAUGAAAGUAAUAUGGGAAAAGAUAAAAUAGAUUAUAUUAGUUCUUUAGAUUCUGGAUUAGGUACAAGUAUUGGAUCGUAUUUACCUAUUAAACAAGUUGAAACGACAGGUAGUCAGGAUAUACCUAAAAAAACUAUUGAUACCACUACUAAUAUUAUAUUUCCUACAAGCGUUAAAGGGUCAAAAAGCCAUCUCUUAUUUGGUAAGAGUUGGGCUGAUGAUGACGGUAGCUCUGAUGAUGAAUUAAAUACUUCUUUUUCCGAUAUCUCAGAGAAAUUAAAUCAUAACGCUAAUGAAUAUGUUGAAGAUGUGAGUAAAGAGUCGAAUGAAAAGGAUAGUGAUCACUUUUUAUGGAUGCUUACGUUGGAAGAUAAUAUGUUAUAUUUUUGA